AAUCUUCCGCAUUUCUGCUGACGCAAGUGGAGAACCCAAGAUACAAGCAUACGUCAAGUCCCACAAAAAAUUCACGAUCGUCAUCAAUCUUUCCGGGAAAACCGUCACGGAAACCGAACAGGCUGAUCAGUUUGUCUCUUCCUCCGGUGAAACCCCAGGGCUUCAGCCCACCACUGAUGAAAUCAUGCGGAUUUGCCCUCGGUUCCGAAUUCUGGUAAUAGGAAAGACCGGCGUCGGCAAAUCUUCGUUGAUCAAUCACGCAUUUGGAGUGGAGAAAGCGCUCACUUCGCAUGACAGGCCAGGCGAGGCUAACAUCGACACCGAGUUCAUCUCAAAACAGAACGACAGAUUUGUCCUCCACGACAGCAAAGGUUUUGAACCAGGAGAAGAAGGCAACCUCACAGUAGUUCAAGAUUUCAUUCAGCGUCGGCGAUCUCAGCCUGCUUUAAAAGAUCAGCUCCACGCUAUCUGGCUUUGCUUUGAAAUACCCCGUGCAGGAGGGCGUUUACUAGAGACCGGCACAGAGGAAUUCCUCACAUUGAAGCGUGAAGGAAAACUGGGAAACAUCCCCAUCGUCGUCGUUCUCACCAAAUACGAUAUGCUCAUCGACCGUAUGAACCGUACUCUGGACGAUGAGACUCUCGAAGGAUUGAGCGAAGACGCCAUCAAUAAGCUCCUCAAGAAAAAAGCAGAUGUAGAACUUCAAGAGUUGUGUUUUGGGCCUUUGGAGAAAUUCGCAGGGGAUAUACCGCACGCGGCAAUCUCUACUACAGAAUACCACAAGGAUACACUAGCCCCUCUGAUCCAGAUGACUGAAAACCGUGUCCGCCAGCAUGUCGCGACCGAAGCGUCGGUGUUGACAUCCAUCGCUCAGCGCGUGGAUCCUCGACUCAAAAUACAGGCGUCGAUCGAGAUUGGAAAGAGAAAGUACUGGAAGGCGCUCGCAUCAAGCCCAACGUUCAAGGGCCAUUCGAUGUGGGAAUGUCUGCGCGUACUUCACACGGACAUUGUUGCUGUGUGGAACUUCAAAGACCCUCAUGGUUACUUGGACUGCCAAGAGUUCAGGACGCUGAUGGUGAACAUGGUCAAUGAGCUGGACGUCGGACCUACCCGUGAUCCAACCAAGAACGCUGCAUUUGGGCUCUCUCUCGUGGCUACUAUUGCAGGCAUCGUGUCUGCCCUAGCCGGACCCGCAGCUCCCAUCGUAGUGCCAAUAGUAGCAAGCGUCGUGAUCGCAAACUGGGUCUACGACGUCUAUCAACAGUCCCGCGCAGCGCUCCAGCGCUUCAUGAAAUACAUCAUCGAUUUAACCCUCGUGCUGCAGACAUUAUACCUUGUAUCGGAAAACCAAGAACUAUCCCGUCGAGCCAUCAAGCUCGCCCUCAAGACUUACCACGAAUCACCAAUGAGCAGAGAAGUCCAUGAUCGGAUCCAGGAGUUUGAUAGGCACUCGACCUUUUUGGAACGCGCGGACCGUGGAUCGUUGGAUCGAUUCGUUGAACUCAUUCGAUCGUAUAGCAUCAGUGCGGAAGAAAUGACUAGUCUUCGGGUAGAUAUUCCGGCUGUGGGGUUAUUACCGGAUGAACUAUGGGAAGAUAAGAAGGCGUAGCGCUUGUUUUUUCUUCUUCUCCUCCUUCUUCUUCUUCUUCUUCUUCUUCUUCUUCUUCUUCUUUUGUGCAUGUUUUUUUUGUGCCAUAUUGGCGGAGGAUAUUUUCUGUGUACUUUUGUCACGACUUCUUACGAGAUUGCAGGGGAAUUGAUUCUCCCUUGUAUUAUGCGGUUGCUAGAUGGUCUUGAUACUGCUGUAGUGUGCUAUAUGCGUCUAUCGCUUAUCGCUGUACUACAGUACAACGCUGUUUAUCUUGCAGCUUUGUAGAGAUCGUACAAGAAGCGCCCGUACCAAAAC